UGUUUCCUUUACACUAUAUGUUCCGGCCAAGAGUCAACAAGAAUUUCCAGAUGUUUCAAGAGGCAUAAAAUAAAGCUCCUUUAAUCCUUUAACUCACAUGAGUGACCAAAGACAGAAUUCUCCUUACAAUAUCAAUAAAAUAUCAACCAAAGAAGUGAUGAGAACAAAGAAAAAUAUCAAUUUGGGGACAAUUAGUUGAUCCAAUACUAAAUUCUCUGAACUUACAUUAUAAGAAUUGUAGGGUUGACAGUAAGGAGAGUUACAAAUUUGAUCUGGGAGUUAAAGGGUUAUAAGCACAGAAAAGGGGAGGGGAAGCCUCCAACACAUCUUUGGAUUUGUGGUAGGUUGGGUUUGGCACAGUCCCAGUGACAAGUGGCAUUGGAGUUUAACAACCCAGAGGUAAAUCAAACUAAUUAGAUUUUAAUGAUGGUCGGAAUAACAAGGACUUGAGCAAUUCAAGGCUGGUGGACAAAUGCAACAUAGAAAAAUAUAUUUGUCUGAGCUGUUGUGACUCAGAAACAAAGGACGAAUCAAAAACCUAUAAGGUAUAGUCAAUAACAGAAACUGAUGUAUCUUCAUCAUGUUUGUCAUUUUUGGACAUAAAUCACUGCCCCUCCCCUUUUCAGAUUAUUGAUGAACUUUAUGGCAUCAGAAGAAUAUGAUGGCCCAAUUUCUAGCAAUGGAACUCCAUCUGUGGAGGUGCCACAGACAGAAAUGGCCAUCACCACAGAGGCUCAACAACAGCUGAGAACCAUAAAUCCUCUAUGA